UCCUCCUGAGCUCGCCCUGCGGGGAGCCAAUCAGCGCGCGAUGCCGGUGCCGGGCCGUCGGGAGCCGGGGGUGGCGGCGGUGCGCGCCGCUGCCACGUCGGACGGAGCGGCCGCGCUCGGGAUGGCGGCACCGUGAGGGCAGCGAGGCGGCGGCGAUGGCGGCGGCGCUGCUGCUGCGCUCCGCCCUGCUGUGCGCGGCGCUGGGCUGCGCGGGCGCGGCGCUGAUCCCCCCCGCGGACGUGAAGGUGGAGGUGCUGCACAAGCCUUUCCUCUGCCACAGGAAGACCAAGUGGGGGGACAUGAUGCUGGUUCACUACGAGGGCUUCUUGGAGAGGGACGGCUCCAUGUUUCACUCGACUCACAAGCAUAACAAUGGUCAACCUAUGUGGUUUACACUUGGCAUAAGGGAAGCUCUCAAAGGCUGGGACAGAGGGUUGAAGGACAUGUGUGUGGGAGAGAAACGGAAGCUAACUAUUCCACCAGCCCUUGCUUAUGGAAAAGAAGGGAAAGGAAAAAUUCCACCUGAGAGCACAUUGAUUUUCAACAUUGACCUUCUAGAAAUUAGAAAUGGACCAAGGUCUCAUGAGUCAUUCCAAGAGAUGGAUCUUAAUGAUGACUGGAAACUAUCCAAGCAAGAGGUGAAAAUUUACCUGAAGAAAGAAUUUGAAAAGCAUGGAGCAGUGGUAAAUGACACCCAGCAUGAUGCUUUGGUUGAAGACAUAUUUGAUAAAGAGGAUGAAGACAGUGAUGGGUUUAUAUCUGCAAGGGAAUUCACAUACAAGCAUGAUGAGCUGUAGAAAGAAAAGGGUGGCAUAAUGUUUUUUGACACAAAUAGCAGUGACUUAGACUGUCUGGUUCUCGUGUCAUCUUCAUUCUGUGUUUCAGAAUUGACAAUUGCUGUUGGCAAAGAAACACUUUUUUUAUAUAAAAGAGAAUUUCUAUUCAUUAUGUACAAGUGUUUUAAACUAUUUUGAAGUGUGAAAAUGUACCUCCUCUUAUACAAUGAAGACUUGCACAUCAGUGUUUUUAAAAUUUUGUAUUAAAUUAUUUUUCAGAAAUGUAA